AACGUCAGUUAUUACGUCGGAGGGCAAAGGUCAGAUCAGUCAUGAAGAUUCCGCCACCGUAGCAGCCUCACUCACUGUCGCACUUGUUUAUUUCUUUAAGGGCAACUUUUGAAGCGUGCGAGCUGCACCACAACCGACCCGGGGAUAAGCCAUGGCACGUCUGGUAGCAGUUUGCAGGGAAGGCGAAGGGGAAGAAGACUACCCAUUCCUCGCCAGGCAGAUUCCCCUGUAUAUCGACGAUACUCUCACGAUGGUGAUGGAAUUUUCUGAUAGUUUCAUGGAUGUUGACAGCAAUGAAAUCAACCCUUCUCAAUUGAAACAGUUUUCUCAGUAUCUCUCCAAGUUGAAGGAACAGGACUUGAAUAUCGCCCUGACGGUGACAUCCAAAGAGGUGUACAGUGCAUUAUCUCAGCUGGUGCCAUGCGUGGGCUGCAGGCGGAGUGUGGAGCGCCUCUUCUCACACUUGGUCGAGUCGGGGAACCCGGCCCUGGAGCCUCUCACAGUGAAACCCGCCGGAAUGCUCUCUGUUACCAAGGCCUGUUUAGCAGAUGUAAAGAAACUUUACACCCUCUUCUACGUGCAUGGGUCAAAGUUGAAUGACAUGAUUGAUGCCAUUCCAAAAAGUAAAAAGAACAAGAGGUGCCAGUUACACUCCUUGGACACACACAAACCUAAACCUCUGGGGGGGAGCUGGAUGGAUGUAUGGGAGCUAAUGUCUCAGGAGUGCAGGGAUGAGGUGGUCCUCAUUGAUAGUGCCUGUCUCCUGGAGACGCUGGAGACAUACUUGCGUAAACACAGGUUUUGCACUGACUGUAAGAAUAAAGUGCUGAGGGCAUAUAACAUCCUGGUGGGGGAGUUGGACUGCAGUAAAGAGAAGGGCUACUGCGCCGCCUUGUAUAAAGGACUGUGCUGUUGCCCCCACGAGCGCCACAUCCACGUGUGCUGUGAAACGGACUUCAUUGCUCACCUGCUUGGCCGGGCAGAGCCUGAGUUUGCAGGAGGUUAUGAACGCAGAGAGAGACAUGCCAAGACCAUUGACAUCGCACAAGAGGAGGUCCUGACCUGUCUGGGUAUUCACCUCUAUGAGCGACUGCACAGGAUCUGGCAGAAGCUACGAGCAGAGGAGCAGACCUGGCAGCUAUUGUUCCAUUUGGGAAUUGAUGCAGUACGCAAAAGUUUUGAGAUGGCAGUGGAGAAGAUGCAAGGGAUCAGUCGGCUGGAGCAGUUUGUCGAGGAGCUGUCUGAGGAGGAGAGGGCCAAAGAACUUAAGCAGGAGAAGAAGAGGCAAAAGCGAAAAAAUCGACGCAAAAACAAGUGUGGUUUUGACACAGCUGAACAGGAGGUAGAGGACAAGGACAAACAUCUGGAUGAGGGUUCUCUUGAGUCUGUGGAUGGCAGCUGCAACACCUGUGGUGGUCAUGAUGAGGAAGAGGAGGGCAUCACCGCCAAUGGAGGCACGUCCUGUACCUGCCCGGAUGACAUCAAACACAAUUUGACCCCCCACAGCAAUGGCAGUGACUAUGGCUACUUUUCAAGCAUGGAGGGCAGUGAGAUAGGAUCACGAGAAGGGUCCGACGUAGCCUGCUCCGAGGGGAUCUGUAACCACGACGAAGCAGCAGAUGAGGCGAACGUCCAUCACUGUGCUGCAGACAAGGAGGAGAAUGCAAUAGACAGUUGUCUGGACUACUGGCAACACUCUGACGAAACCACUCACUGCAAGAGUAAAAAGAAGAAAAGGAAGGGCAAGGGUUUAUGCAACAAUCAGGAACAAAAAUAUGAAGGUUGUUUGUCAGCUGGGAACACGACAGGCCACAGUCUACCUUCAUCGCACACUUGCCGAACCAAAGAAAUCUUUUCCUCCUUAUGUGGCGAUACGUUUUCCAGCAUUUCACUACAUUCAACAUGGGCAGAACAUCAGAAGAACCUCAGCCUUCACACAAGUCUUGCAGAACUUCUGGGUGAUUCGGAGGCUAGUUCCGACGAAGAGAACUGUCUGACACAGGAUGAAAUCCAGGCUUUUCUAGAAAGGAACCAAUCUUUCUACAACAACCGCCACCAGUACAGACAGCUCCUGAAAGAAAAAUUCACCAACUACUGCCGGGCCGCCGAGCGGAGUAAGCCCGUCUGUGGAGAGUGGUUUGCCGCCACCACCAGUGUCAACUAACUGCACUAAUGACAUCUUUGCCUGGGAAAACCUCUCAUGACACUGCUGCAACAUGUUUAGAAAAAAAAAAAUCCUGACUUAUAUUUGGUGUCUUCUUCACUUGUUUCACCCUUAGAAUAAAUGUAAUUCUUACUUUCUGUUGAUUAUCUCUCUCUCUCUCUGUCCCUUUGGCACUCGUACACCUACUAACCUUCCUCUCUCAUUUCUUGGCCACCUUCUCAUCUGUAGUUGUUCUCUUUGACCAAGCCAGGCUAUUUGUUGUUGGUCUCCUGUAGGAUUGCUGGGUAAGAGCACAGUGGAAUUUGUAAUCAUGCUUUGCGAGCUGUGAUAUUAGGGAUAUAGAUUUUAGGAGUCUUAUGUUGUUGGGUUUUUUUCUAUUUCAUUUCUCUCUGGUUACACUUCCGUCUAGUGAUUAAAGUUGUACCAUUAAAUGUGUACAGAAAUUCUAAAUAUAAAGAUUUUACAGAAAAUAAACAUCCAUUUGUAAUAGGGGUUUGGGUGUGAUGUUGAGCGCAAUGAGCAGAAUUUACUAAAUAAAGAAUAUUUAUUAGUAUGCAAUA